AUGGAAGUGAGUCAAAUCAUUUUAGUCAAUGAAUUGAAUCCUCGACCAUUACUUUCUGUCGCCACGUUGACUACGCUUGGAGUUGCUCAAAUCGUUAUCGGAGUUUAUCUGGCUGCUCAAACCGCAGGCUUAGGAACGAGUACCGGAAUUUCAUUGAUUGCGGAGGGUGUUAAUGAUAUUUAUUUUGCUGUACAUGGCGCUUGUGCUCGUCGUAUUUCUUGGAAAGGCUACACGAUUCAAAAAUCUGUCAGCUUGGCACUGUGCUUUAUACCACCUGUUUUAUCGACCAUUACUCAAGCAACACAAGCAGCGAAACAAGCAACAAAUGCAACUGGAGUACGAUUAGUCAAAGAGACUUUAAAAACCACGAAAAGUCUAAUUUCAAAAGGGUUCAGAACUGCGACGUCACAGACAAUUCAAGGAGUAGCGUCAGCGAGUUUGAAAACGGCUUGUAAACAACUUACCGCAAGUUGUAUUGAAACAGGGCUUCGAGAGUUGAUCAAUAUUUCUGUGGAUAGCAUUAUUGACCGUUACAUCAUACCACAUCUCAAAGAUGGCAUCCGAAAAGAAAUUGAACCUCGGGUGUUCAGUAAAGAACAGAACAAAGACUACCGACGAGUUUUAUGUCGAGCUAUAUCGAUCGAUGCUUCCAAUAAGAAUAGUCAGCAGCUUAAUAAACUGGAAGAACUUGCAGCAAGAACUUUCAUCCAGCGAAGGAACGAAUACCUAGAAGUGGCUCAAUCACUGGUAAAGAGUAUGUCGCAUAUUCUGACGAGUCAUGCCGAAGAAUUAAUUAGGGUUGUCAACAACAACAAAAGCAGCUGUGCAGGUACAGGCGUUCAACUCGCAAAAAUAAUUCUCUUAUUGUGGCCAUUGAUACUUGCUGGUGUUAAACUGUAUGCAGUUGUGGACAAAUUCUUUGAAUCUUUUCUACAAGAACUCAGGCAACUUCAACCAACAAUGCCUGUUUGUGAGUCGUUUCUUAACUCUCUUUCUGAGGACGAGCUAAAUCAAAUAUUCGAACUUCUGAAACAAGAUGAUAUUCCCAAUUCUUAUGGACUUUCUAAUACGUCGACUCUUUUCGGCUUACCUCUGUCUGAAUGCAGCUCCACAGUACAGGAAUCACUCAACAGAAUGGUUCAUGGGCUUAACAUGCUUCAUCAAAAUAUUAAUGAUAUACUGACGGAUGAAAUUGUCGCCAUUGUUCGUGGGAUGAUUUUCGCUCCUUUUUUAAAUCAUGUUAUUGGAAUAGCCAUCCAAAAAUUAUCCAAACACGUUCAGGAAAGCAUCGAUAAAAGCGGUACGUUUCGCCAGCAGCUAUUAGAAGAAGCGGCUCAGCGUGCAAUCAUUAUCGAAUCCGAUGAUCUCUACCGAGAGAUGCAAAGUGGUCGAAUUUCAAUUCCUCGAGAAGCAUUUGCAAAAUUGCGCGAACUCCAAAAGAGGGCCUCGAAUGGUUCGAUCGAAAAUUUUAACUAUGUUGAAACCUUAGCGCUAAAUGUUAGCACCGACAAGCCGGGUAGUGUCAUUGAAAUCUCAGUGAUUGCCAACCUUUCACGCAUGCCGAUUUCUAUUGUUCAGCAAAUAGUAGGAGGUUCGAAUGGAUCUAAUGAGCACAUUGAAUUGAAAUACAUUCCACCACAAGAAGAUGCUAAUACAGGACGGAUCACUGAUGGUCAUUAUGAAUCCGUCGGUGCCAAUGCUUACCAAAAAGGUAAAAACAAUUGCCUGUAUAGCGCAUUUCUGAAAGCAGCACCUGGCAUAUUUAAAUCUGAGAAAGAUAUGCGAAAACAAGUUGCUGCUUUUAUUCUUUCGAACCCCGGGUAUAUACAAAAGAUUCUCCCUGCAAUCAAUGUUAUUAAUUCGAAUGCAAAUCUUUUACGUAGAAAAGCAUUGAUGAUGGAAGGUGGUACUAAUAACGACUGGUCGCUGGAAAAAGGCAAACUCGCCGAUUUAAUAAGUAGUGUAAAAAGAAGAGGAGCUCAGAUUAAAGACAAAUUAAAUGAAAUCUUAGAGUGGAUUCGUCAAAACCCUGAAUAUCUCGAUUAUUUCGAUUUAGGCAUUGAUAUGGCAGUGGCGAUUUUCCCCGAACUUUCUUUUUUAAACUGCGGUCACUUCGUCACCGCAGGGUUGCGCUUGAUCGUGGCUAUGAAGGACGCUGUCAAUGACAUCAAACAGUUAUCCAAUGACGUUUCGAAUAAGAACGUAAAGAAAGUCAUAUAUGAUCUGAUAGAGUUGGGCUUUAUCGUGGCUUCUAUAAAAUGUACCUCGAGAUCUUUGGAUCGCGGUAAAAGUGACCCUAGGAAUCUACAACGGCAAUAUGAAAAGCAUUGCGGCCCAGGCAAGGAUUUUCCGAACAUUCAGACACCGAAGCAAUACGUGGAAGAGGCUGAAAAGUUUUAUAACAGUCUAGACACUGUGCGCUUCCUCAACACUAGAGACAAUCAACUCAUCCAGUUCAAUCCUUCAAAUGCCUGGACAGCAACUGAAAUCCUCAUUACUGGAUUAGACGGCAAAUUUAUAACGUUUUUCAAGCCGGAAUUAAAAUAUAAUCCAGAAGAAAAGAAAUCAUUUCAAAUGUAAGCAACCUCGAAAAAAACUGGCUACGUUCAUAGUAGCAAUAACUUGUACAGAAAGAAAAUCCCCUAGACGAGUUUUGAAAAUCGGCACAAAAAUUCCUACCGCAUCUUGUUCAAGGAGGAAGGGAGGAUUUUUUAGCUCGAAUUAACUUUGAGCUACUUUGAGUUAUUUCGGGGUACUUUAUACUACUUGGAACUACUCUAGAUUGUUCGAGUAUAAUACUUUGCUGUACUUCUCUACUUUAAGUUCACCCUUUCUCCUUCAUUCUGUUUGACAUCUUAAUCUCUCAGAGACUACGCUAAAAGCUGUUUUAGGGUACUAAUUUUUCGUGCUCUUUGGGAAGAUCCAAUCAAAGAAGGGGGACGCAUAACAGACCCUUUCGGUCCAACAGACUUGUUUCGAUUAACUCCCAUAAAUCGUAUAUGGUUUGAAAGUUCGUAGUGAUAUUAAGAUUUUCCGACUGAAUUUUCGAAGUCAAAAAUGAUGACAAAGAACCACAGUUUCGUCAAACAUUUCGAAAAUUAGCUCCGUCAGAGUAGGUUGAGUCUUACACAAACUACAGCAUCAAAAGCUGUUUCAAAUGAAAUUUGCGUACAGCUUUUCUAAACAACUUUAAGAUCAUCAAUAAAUCAGUGAAUGACACAGUCAUUGAAUAAAGAGAAAAGUUAGUAUAAACUGCAACACAAUAUUCAAAUAGGCUCAUACAUAUCAUCAGUUUGCGUGUUCUAAGAGAGAUUAAGCAUGAAACUUUCAGUAGCCAAAAUCCUAACUGUAACAAAUUUUGAAUGAUGGUAUAUUUUAUUUGUUACUGCUGCAGCUUUUAUAUUAUUUAUUGUUUGCGAUCACAAAGAGAAACUGGAUGAAUAGCGUUACCGCUAUUCUUAGUGUACAUGUUAUAUGUUAGUUAAAUUAUUCCAUGAUACACUUCUCCGGUUCUGUUCCAGUUCUAACAUUUAAUGCAAUGUACUCACCUUAUAUACGCGCACACGAGAGAGAGAAAAUAAUAGAAAAAGAUAUGAUAGGCAUACGCACAUUAAUUAGAUUGUGUUCAGAGAUUUCAUCACGUUACAUAAGAGCAGAUGACUAACAUUAAGCAGUGAACCAUAAAAGAUUGAUGAGAUUAAAGAGUUACACAACACCUAUGGCAUAUUG